AUGCUGCGCCACACCUUGGAAGGGUCAGCGAUGCGGAUGUAUUCCAAGAAGGUGGAGAUGGAGAACUCCCAGCUGGACCCCAUCCGGGGCUUUCUCCGCUCGAAGCAGCUGGAGAUGGACUCCUUCAAAAGGCACAGCUUUGCAGAAGGCACCUUUGAGAACUUUGCUUCUUCAAAGCAGUUUUCCAGGCAGAUGUUCAUGAACAAUUUGGAUGAUUUUAAAAUUCAGUCCAGCCAUUUUCAGAAAGACCAGUUCUACCAGUAUCAGUUUGAGCAUCCCCAGGGUGCCAGCAGGCCCCAGGGGCUCUUCGAGAGAAUAAGGGGAGGCAGGCCCGGGUUCAACGAAGCGGAGGAUUACGCCGACGGCUUCCGGUGCCCGGAAGUAGAAUCCGGUUUCCCCCAGGAGGGCUACCCUCUGCGGCUGGACUACGUGCCUUCCAAUUCCUCCAAGGAAGUGAGACAUGGCUCUGACCAAGUGAAUGUGGCUGGGAAUGGCCCUCUUGGGCUGCCCUCAUUCCGGACACAGAACAUGGGGCAAAAGUUCAUGUGCCAGACCUCCCCAACCCAGAAGCAGAGCCUGGAACAAAGGCUGUUCCUGCAGGACCAAGACCAGGAUUCAGAUCAAGGCAAGAAAGUGCAAGAGAACCGAGCUGGCCUGCGCAACUGGAGAAUUUCCUCCUACCUGAGUGGGUACCAGUCUGACCCAGGAGAGGAGGGUCUCCCGACGCCCAUGGAGUCAGAGGCCUACAACGAGGUGCUUGGCCCCACAGAGCCCCUCCCACGGUUCCCCAGUGACCUCCUCCCCUCUUUCAAAGCCCCACUGCCACUUUCAGGAGCUGAGAGGCCAGCUGAGGAGGCCGCUUUGGUGAAGCAGGAUCCCUUCAGGAGCAGGAUCAACCCCUUGAUUCAGAGGAGCUCACGACUCAGGUCAUCCCUUAUUUUUAGUGCUGCCAAAUUGGACCAGCAGAACAUGUCGGCUGAGAAAGUCCAGAUGAUUCAAAAGAGCAGACAUCCAGCGAGGUGA